ACUUUCUUACCGUUCUCGUAGAGCACGUGGUUGACCAGGAACGCUUUUCUUAGUGACUCAACAUUUCCAGACUAUGACAUCUGCUGGGACUUUCGAUGUUUAUGUGGCAAACAUACCAUUUGGCUAUAAUGAGCACACUGUGUAUUUUUAUGCACCUCAUGACAAAGGACUACCAACAAGGACGCAAGUAUCAUGACAGACUAGUGACAAAUGACCCAUGACAAAAGACUCCGCACCAUAGCCACAACAUAUCUUAUACAAUCAGUUAUCUGGUACAUUAUUAUGGAACAAAUACGAGAAAUCUUUGAUGUGGCUGGUGAAAUUUCAGGUGUCAAGAUUGUUCCACCAAAGGACGAUGGUAAAGGAAAAAUAGCUUUUGUAAAGUUUGUAAAUGAAGAAGAUGCUAAAUGUGCUGCUCAAUACAUGAGUAACCACCAGCUAGAUGAUAAAACGCAUCUUACUGUGAGAUACAAUGCGACGGUUCAAACAGAGAAAACAGUGGAGGCAAUAUCAAAUGGUAAUCACGUGAAUGGAGUUAGCCAAGCAAAAUCACCAAAUAAAACAGUUAAAUAUCAGGUGGAUGAAAUGUUUCCAGUUUAUGUUGUACAUGUAGAAUCUCCUAUCCAGUUUUGGGCGCAGAAAUUUACUCUAACACAUGCGGCAGAGAUACAAGAGAUAACCGAACAAAUGGAGAAGCAGUGCCCAGCUCAACCGAAAGUUGUGGGGCAGCUUUCUACUCAACAAAUAUAUGGUUGUAAGUUUAGUGAAGAUGGUUUGUGGUAUCGAUGUUGUGUAGAACGCUGUUUAACUAAAAAUAUGGUUCAUGUACGUUAUAUUGAUUAUGGAAAUUCCGAAACAGUUGAGAGGUUUGGUCUGGUUUCUCUUCCAUUGAAUCUAACAACAAAACCGCCCUCUGCGUCAUGUUUUCGCUUGGAUGGGCUCGAGCUUACAGUCUCAGACGAAAACUCUGAAUUGUUCAAGAAAGGUGUUCAAACAGUAACAGAGUUGAUUCAUGACCAAACUAUUGAAGUAAAAGUUGUAAGAACAGAAAACACUGUCAACGUAACCAAAGUGUGUAGAAUUCAAAAUGGCUCUCUGUUGGACCUUGCUACAAAACUUAUUGCUAAUGGAUGUGCUAAAGUUAAAAUUGAUAAACCUGCACCUUUUUCCAUGCCACCAAAAUCAAAUCAGAGAAUAAGAUCACCUUUUAGUAUUGCAACUGCAGCCUUAUCAAGAACCGUGGAAACAACAGCACAGCAGAAUGGUCAAAACUCUGUACACAAUGAAAAGGUUGCAUUGUUAGAGAAACAAAUUUCAGAAAAGGAUGCAGUUAUUGCAUCACUGGAAAGUAAAUAUAACCUAAAAAGUUCAGAAUGUGCAAAAAACUUAGAAACAGCAGUCUCCUUGAAGUUUAACAACCUGUUAAAAAAAGUGAUAGAACUACGUCAAAUUCGCAAAUCUGUUCCAUCAGGAAUAAAUAUUUUUCCUGAGGAGUUACAAGCGCAAGUAGACUUGUUUUUAAAUAAUGACGACGUGAUAAAACUAAGAACAAUGAAACAAUAUCAGAAUAUUGUGGCUAGUGAGAAAAAUCUGGCUGAACAACAAUUAUUAAUUACAUCAUGCACAGAAAAAGAUAACCUGCCUGACUUAAUUGAGGAUCGUGACAAGGUUAUGAAGAAAUUGAUUAGAGAUAUUAAGAAUUUCCUGAAACACAUUGCGCUUCUUCCACUGGACACACGUGCAACAGAGUUAGAGGAUGCCUUAAACAAUUUGAAAAUGCAAUAUACAGAUUUGAUCAGUGGUGAACAGCAAAGCUUUGCUUCUGAUACAAAGACAGAAUCAUCAUUAGAAAUAGCAAUUAAUGCAUAUGAGCUAAUUAAAUCUAACCAGUCUUCAUCAAUCAAGGCACUGCAAAAAACUGCAAACGAAAGAAGUUCAAAGUUAUUCAAAAUAUUAAGCGAAGUACAGCGAGAAUGCCACUGCGUCAUCCAAGACACCAAUGGCUCAAUUGAAUCUGACAUCGACAUAUUGAUAAAAGAGUACGAAGAGGCGAUGUCUGAAGAGAUUAAAAGCAUUCAGGAAAUUGGACAAGAGGGUGAAGAUGCUAUCUCUCUUAAAGAUGUUAUCAGGGAGUUAAAGAAAUCUCUGGAUGCUGAAAUAGCAGACAUAAACUUAAUCAGGGGUACUUUGGUUUUGCAGUAUUCUGAUAUAAAGGAAAAAUAUGAACUAUUGUUGCAAAACAAACCUGAUGUAAAUGCAGUUGUGCAAGCUCGAAAACAAAUCAAAGCGUUGAAGUCAAAAUUUCGUCACAAACUUGCUGACAUCACAGACAUGGAAGAGGAUUCGGAUGAGAACGACAAAGAAGAGUUAAAUGAGCUUGAAGAAGAUUUGAAUGAAAUUCGUCUUAAAUUACAUGCUAGUUUCAUUGAAGAACUUGAAGAAAUGAAAAUUUUGUGCGACAAGUGCAAAGUAAAUUUUCCAGAAUUAAGCAUUCAACAUCCGGAAAUCGGAUUAGAUGCUUUCCAGGCUUCCAAUUAUCUUUUACAAAAUAGUCGGUCAAUUGAGCAUUACUCCCACAAUGCAUUGCCAGUCAUUGUACAGAAGAAGAAACAAACAACAUAUAAGGCAAUGUUUAAUGGAAGGCCAUGCAUAUUAAAGGAGAUCACAUUGGAUGGUAAAAAAUUAGUGUUGGAUGAUGUCUUGGCACAUAUUGUCCAAUUCUCGAAAGAUAGACUUGCUGACUAUGACGUAGAUAUCAGCUGUGUAUUCACCAACAAGAAUGAACGAAAGCUGUACAUACAUCAAGAUUUUAUGGAAGAUGGUAACAUUUUAGAGUUUAUUACGGAAAAGAACCCUUCAGAGAAGGUUGUUUGUGAAUUACUUAUUGAUGUGUUGACUGCAUUGGAUAAAAAAGAAUCGCCAUACUCUGCAUUGAAACCUCAGAACGUACUAAUCAAAAGAUUGUCCACUGGCGCAUUUCGAGCUGUUCUUGCUGAACCUCAUUUUACAGAUAGUCAGGUGAAACAAUUAGAAGGAUGCUUGUAUCUCCACAAAACUAUUCCUGGCUAUCCUGUGCUAGAUAUGUUUCAAGAGCAGCCAUCAAAACAAGCAGACAUGGUGUGCUUUGGUGGCAUGUUACUGUGGGUGCUGAAUCACAAUAGCUCGUUUUCCAAAAAUGUCCACAGCGAUAUAGAACUCGUAGUGCAGGAUACACUGUUGAAGGACUUGUUGCGUCAACUGCUGAACCCUACAGUGGCUGAACGCAUUACAGCGGGGCAAGCAUUGGCUCACAACUACUUUAAAGAGAUUCUUAGGAAACCAGAAAUUUUGUCAAAUAGUAUGUUAGAAACAGUAAAAGAAGAGGAGGAGGUAACUGAUGUGGAAUCAGAUAUUAAGGAAGAAGAGAGUCUUGUUUCUGAAAUUGAUAGUCAUGUUGAAAGUGAAAAAGAUGACAAUUCUGUCGAUGAGCUGAACAAUAACAAAGUGAAAACUGAAGCUGAGGAAGAAACUGAAACAUUGCAGAAUGAAGAAGAAUCACAGAUGGCUAUUGAUGGUUGGAAUCAGGCUUUGCUAGAGAAAGCUAAGAGAAAGAGCCGUUUAGCUGCUGUCUUGGAGCAGAAGCCACAAGAUGUAUCGAUCAGUGAUGACGAUGAUGAUGAUUUUUAAACGUGGUGUAUACUUUUGAGUUUUAUUGCACUUGUCUGUUAUAACAUUUUACUCGAUGUCGGCUGUGUCUCGAUGAGUACAGUUACAUGGCUUUGUUUUAUGUGUAAAAGUGUUCCUUAAAAGUUCUUUUGCUAGGCGUAUUUAUGAUAUUUAUUCAUAGAGUUUUGUGUAAUUUUUAUAAGAAAAGUUUUGUUAUUUCGAUGAGAAGGAAUGAAGAUGGAAGUUUCUUAUUUCUUUCGAGGUUACCAUUCUUAAAUUGUAAGUUCUUCCCGUUUAUUUGCGCAAAGGUUUGUUUUCAGUUGAUCUAUGUUUGUUGUUUUUUCAGAUAAAAAUAUAUUUACAAGAUUUUUAAACUUUAAAGAGAGUUAUAUAUUUAUGAAAGCUUGUUAUUAAAAAAAAGAGAAAAAACAUUUUUUAGAAAUAGUAUAGUAUGGUAUUUUUUUAAAACUAUAGUGUCAAAAGUAACAACUACACGGGCUGUGUUCUUACUAGGUCUUCGAUUCUUGUAUAAUCAGUGACACCUUGUUUUAGAUUUUCUCAAUCAGCCUUAGAGCCCUCCCAAAAUGAAAAUUGUGAUUUUGUAUUUUCAUAGUUGUUCCUUUCGACAUAACUAAAAGAUACGACAUAAUUCACGUAUGACGUGACUUUAGCACAUAUUUGAUAACUUAGUUUCAGGUCAAACUUUGCAAAAAAAAGUGUUUAUAUUUGUUACGUUUUCUUUUUUAUUUCUUUUGUACCAGUUUUCUGAAAAAAGCAAAUAUUUUUGAACGUUAAAAAUGUUAUGGUAUUUUUUUAACCGAAUCAUUUAAAAAAAUAACUCGCAACUGAUAAAGUCGAUAGUUUAAAUACAAGAUGACGGCGAUACGAGGACGGCAGCCGUCGUCUUACUCAGAAAAAAAGUGAAAGCGCGCUUGAGCUAAUUUAAACAAACAUUUUAUGCAUGUUACGAAUAAGUUCUUAGAUAAGUAGUAGAUGU